CUUACGCCACUCAUUACUGAGAAUCAACACAUAUAAGGCUCUGGCUAGUCCGUCUUGGAUAUCGAUGACCAGUCCAGACCCAGUCCUUACAGCGUUCCAACUGUCCUGGGAGCUUGACCAUCUGGCACUGAGGGAGAAUGAGUUUAAGGACUCUUAUAUACAGCUCAGUGGUCAGUGCAAGAAAUACGCCUGUGACCUGCUUGACCAGUGUCGCAGUAGUGAGGAGGUCAUUGCUGUCCUCAACAAGACAUGCGAAGAAGAUGUGGACAGCGAAGAUUGCUGUCCGGACGAGACAGAGAAACUGACGCUGUCCAGACUCAAACUGGCCAUCAAGUAUGAACAGAAACAGUUUGUGGCUCACCCACACUGCCAACAACUGUUGACCUCAAUCUGGUACGAGGGACUUCCGGGCUGGAGAAAACGAAACGGGAUCAUGAAGUUCUUAACCUGUAUGGGUUUGAUCUCAAUCCUUCCGUUCAUGUCUGUGUAUUACCUGAUCUUCCCUCGCUCCAAGAUUGGACAGCUUCUGCGAUCACCAUUUAUGAAGUUUCUUUAUCACAGGUCAGUAUUUAUUUUAUUCUAUAGACCCUAUAAUAUUGGCAUUUUACUCCACAGUGCAAGUUUUGGGGUGUUUCUCUUUCUUCUUGUGUGUGCCUCCACGGACGUCAUCAGCAGUGAACCGAAACGGGAGAGGUUCAGAGGCCCGGAGCCAUCCGAGCUGGAGUGGAUGAUCGUACUCUGGGUCACAGGAUUUGUUUGGGCUGAGUGCAAGCAGCUGUGGGAGGAAGGAGUUAAGGCCUACAUCAGACAGUGGUGGAACUGGCUGGAUUUCCUCAUGCUCUCACUGUAUCUGGCCACUUUUGCUCUACGUAUGGUUGCCUACUUUCAGAUUGAGUCAGGCAGAUACGGUGAUCGAGAAAUGUUACGCAAAGACUGGCCUCAGAAUGAUCCUACCUUGAUUUCCGAGGGACUGUUUGCAGUGGCCAACGUGUUCAGUUUCGCUAGAAUCAUUUAUCUGUUCCAGGCCAACCAGCACUUAGGACCCCUACAGAUCUCUCUCGGAUGCAUGCUCAUCGACAUCGCCAAAUUUCUGUUCAUCUUCUUCCUCGUGGUCUCCUCGUUCGCCUGUGGCCUCAACCAACUCUACUGGUACUACAGUGAUACAGACCCUGACGAUGAGGACCUGUUCUUUACCUACGUGACACUGUUCUGGUCAAUGUUCAGCCUGACGGCCCCCAGCAAGCUGGAGGUAAAGAGCACCCAGAGCUUCACCAAGACAGUGGGAGAGCUUCUCUUCAUGGUCUACCACGGCAUGGCCAUCAUCGUCCUUCUCAACAUGCUCAUCGCCAUGAUGUCCAGCUCCUUCCAGGACAUUGAGAACCACGCCGACAUGGAGUGGAAAUUCGCCCGCUCCAAGCUCUGGAUGGGUUACUUUGAUGAAGGCUCCACCUUACCGCCCCCCUUCAACCUCAUCAUCAGCCCCAAGUCCGUCUACUACCUGGUCAUGUGGGUCAAGCAUUUGGCUGACCAAUGCAUCUGCCACCAGCGAUCUAGACGCCAUCGACGCCGGAAGUCUUCAGAGGGCACAAUACGG